CCGCGACGCGUCUCCAUGGCGGCGGCGAGCACCGGCCCCACAUCAGCGCCCCUGGCCCCUCUUGAAUCUGCCCCCACUCCCCCUCUGGACCCACGGCAGCCCCGGCUCGCUGUGCCCCCCCUCAGGCCGUACCGCCGGGAGCGGAGCCUGGCCCUGCGGAGCAGCAGCUCGGCCCUGUACAACAACCUGGCCGUGCUGUGCCCUCCUGCCCGGCCCCCGGCCUUCGGCACCGUGCACGGCACCAGCCUCAGCCUGCUGGGCAACGAAGGGCCCCCCCGGCAGCUGCAGGCCCGGGGAGGGGGCUCGGCCCUCAGCACCCCCCUGCUCACACAGGCCGCGUGGUGCGAGCUCCCAUCCCGGGUGCUGCUGGUGCUCACGUCCCAGCGCGGGGUCCAGAUGUACGAGUCUGACGGCUCCACCAUGGUCUUCUGGCACGCACUGCACGUCCCAGAGCACCCGGCAGCACAUUCCGUGUUCGCCCGAGGCAUUGCCGCAGCCGGCGGCCGCUUCGUCUGCGUGGGGACAUCCUCUGGGGCCGUGCUGGUGUUUGACAUCCCCCCAAAAGGGACCAACGUGACGCUGAGCGAGAUCCUGGAGCAGCACCGGGAUCCCAUCACCGACAUCGCGGCCGAGCAGGGCCAGGCCCCGGAUGGGGCCGGGGACUUGGUGACAGCCGAUGACUCCGGGACCCUCUGCCUGUGGAGUACUGGGGAGGAGUUCACCCUGCUCGGGAAGAUCCCGGGAUCUGGCUGCACCUGCUCCUCGGUGAGGCUGUGGAACGGGAUCGUGGCCGCGGGCUAUGGGAACGGGCAGAUCCGGCUGUGGGAAGCGGGGUCGGGGCAGAUCCGUGCCCAGGUGAGCGCCCACGCCCGCUGGAUCUACGCGCUCGACCUGGCACCGCUCACCGGCAAGCUCCUGUCGGGCGCAGAGGAUUCCUUCGUCCACGUCUGGCAGCUCAGCAGGGACCCGGACACUGAUGGCAUCGAGAUCCAGCACUGCCACGCCGAGUGCGUGACAGACACGCAGGUUUGUGGCGCUCGCUUCUGUGACCCCGCCGGGGACACCUUCGCUGUCACCGGCUACGACCUGAGCGAGAUCCUCUGCUACGGGCCAGCCUGAGCCGGGAGCUCCGGGAAUGUCGGGAACACCGGGAACGCCGGGAUGCUCCGGCAGCGCGGCCGUGGGCGAGGGGUGAGCACAGACCCCCCCCCGGAGCUCCGUGGGGAUGUGCGGGGGGAGCCCGGCCGGGAUCCUCCCCUGCCCAAAGCCCUCCCGAGGGCUGGGAGCUGCUCCAGCUCCACCACCCCCAGGAUCCUCCCAUGGCUCCCGCCGGCUCCGGGAUCCUCCCGUGGCCUCCCACCCUUCCCGGAGGGCGGCGUGGCUGGGAACAGACCCGGCUCAGACGGGAGGAUCCCGGGGAACCUGUGCUACCUGCUGCUCCGGCCGGGAGAGCCCCGGGCCCGGCCCAGCGUCCCGGGAUGCAACACCCGCCUGCCGCGGGUACCGGGAAGGGGAAAAAGGGGGAGGGAAGCCGGGGGAGACACGGGGUCCUGGAGGAUCCUGCAUCCCAACCCUCCGCAGGACCCCAAAUCCCGGUGGGACGCUGCAGUCCCAUGGCCACUGGCCAGAUGUUUGAGGUCCCAGCUGUGCUCUGGGGCUGGAAACAUCAGCAGCAGCUGCAGCGGGACCCCAGGGACAUCCCCAGGUCCCCUCCAGCCCCCCCCUAAAUGCCCCUG